AUGAUGGAGAACAGCAGCGGCGAUGCCCAGCCGCAUUUGACGGGUUUGCCGCCACUGCCAAAAAGUCUGAGUGCCGCCACGGCGGCUCCUGUGGCCAUUGGCCCGCAUCCACGCACAGGAUCGCCAGCGUCCAGUGUUUCCGCUCUGACCGCAGCCGCCGGAGAACUUUACUUGGGCCCCUCCACCUCCUCAUCGGCAGCAGCGGCCAGGAAUCGCAGCUACAACGGACACGGGCAUAGCCAGCGACAUGGCAGCCUCUCCUCCACACAGGAGUCUCUCAGCGAUCGGGAGUCCGUGCACAGUCGCGCCUCCAGCACACACAGCGCUGGGGCGGGUCACACGCCCACCAACAGCUCGAGCAGCACUGCAGCCACCUCGUCCACUAUCGACAACCAGCUGGCCAUCUUGCGAAGGGAAAUGUAUGGCUUGAGGCAGUUGGAUCUUUCGUUGCUGUCGCAGCUGUGGGCGCUCAACGAGUCGAUACAGGGAUUUCGGGUGUUCCUUCAGGAGCAGGACGCUCUUUCGCCGCCCUCGAGAUCUCGCACGCCUUCGGAUGCGAAUUCUUUGAGCUCCGACGAGGAGGACGAUGGCUCCUAUGCGCCAGUGGCCUUGCCCAAGAUGACGGACGCUCCUGGAGGUGGUAGUGCGGGUGUGGUGAGCUCCAGGGCCAUAUCCUCGCCGGCAGCCAGUGGGGGACUGCCCACCAAACUGGCCACGGGUUCGACCACAUCACAUGCCUCGACCAGCUCGACUUCGGGAACCUCGGGCUCAUCCUCAGCUGCCUCCUCAAUGGGCAAACAUCAACAAAUGCAGCAGCAACAGCAACAACAGCAGGCGGCUUCCCAUUACCAUCAAAGGCCAGAGCCACCACCCGCACCGCCAGCACAGCAUAAGGCGCAUCCACAGCUGCCGAGAAUCCUGCAGCAGCGCAUGCGACAGGCUCCGCCUCCACCGCCACCCACUAGGCAAAAGGGGGGCAGCAGCAGUAGCCACAGCAUUAGCAGCAGCAACCACAGCAUCAGCAGCGUCACCCAGCCGCAUCCACAUCCACACCAACACGCCCAUCACUCGCGGCCCGUAUGACAAAACCCGUUCUUGGACUAAGCCAAGUUCAAGAACAGAAGCAGAUUUAAAAAGCAGCCGCUGCCAACACUUCGGAAAGGGUCAAUUAGACGACAUUUCUUAAAGAGUCAAUUCAAAUUCAAGUGCAGAAAGAUCACACUCACUCUGUCAACACUCUCAUCUCAUAAAGCUUGCCAUGUCCUCAUUCUUGAUAUUGAAACACGAAACAUAUGAACGGUUUAUAAAUGUUUUUUGCGAAACGAUGAAAAUGUCUUUGAAUGUAAGCGUACCACUUUUCACGUUUAAUAUUAAAUAAUAAACACAAGAAAUUUGUAUUCAAUAAUAAUCGCUAAGUAGUAAAGGAUAAGAUCCUUAUAUGCAUCUAUGUAUUACUCAAAUUGUAUAAACAUAAAUUUAAAAUGCUUGAAAUUCCGCAUCGAAUUCAUAGAUCUAGUUCUAUUAUUUGCGUUGACUCUGAAAUGUUUUGUUAGAAUGCAUACUAUCCUACAAAAACUAAAUCAAAUUGUUCCAACUCAUGUAGCACUAACCAAAACUAAACUCUUGGCCUAAACAUAUGAAUAUCUGGAUUGAUUUUAUAGCCCUGUUAAGUCUUAGUUUCCUAAGGGGAAUCGAACGAAAAAUUAUAUUAUACGAACAUGUAUCUGCAUCUCAAAGCGAAACCUAGCUGAUCUUACUGUUAGUCCAAUAAUCCUAUCAUUAACACUCCAAAAUCUAGGCAUAUAUAUGUAAAGCUCAAGUAUUGGAGCGAAUCCCCCGAGCAGUUAUACAGUGCGUUUCAGAACUGUAAGUCAGUUGCAUACAAGUUCCAUUAAAAAUGCUGUAAAGUUGAAUUCAAGAGAAAGUCAGUGUAGGAAGUAUAACGAUUCUCGAUUGGAGUUUUCCGUAUAUUUUAAAAUAUUUGUAUUUAUUUAAUGGACACGGUUUUAGAUAACUAUAUUAAAUAAUGUCCAACUGUCCUAUAGCUUUGGAACGCAUUGUAUUUAAUAUUUAUAUACAAAAUACAUAUACAAUUUUUACCACGUAA